CGCCCCCCUCCCCCCCAGUCGUCCACCGUUCAGUCCGCGGUGGUGAGUUCCCUUCAAGGGAGUGAAGAAAGCCCUGCCACAACCAUGAUGUUGUCUUCAGCCGCACUAUGCCAAACUGGAGCCUGGCGAGUUGGGACCAGUCUUAUGAGGGACAGGAGAUCCUGUUUGGGACGUUUGCCAGAAUGUUUCUCUGUCCCAAAGACCAGAAGCAGGAGUCCUUCUCUUCCCUGCUGCUCCUCAAGCCAUUACCGAUGCUUUAGUGCCUCUGCUGCUAGUCGCAACUCUUCAUCAUCACCUCAUCAGAAAACCCCGUCCUACAGCUAUGUCGUCGUUGGGGCCGGGUCGGCGGGCUGUGUCCUCGCCAACCGUCUCUCAGAGGAUGCCCAUGAGUCUGUGCUGCUGCUGGAGGCUGGGCCCAAGGACAUGCUGCUAGGCAGCAUACGGCUGUCAUGGAAGACGCACAUGCCGGCUGCACUGACCUACAACCUCUGUGACGACAAGUAUAACUGGUCCUACAACACUUUACCCCAGGCCCACAUGGACAACCGGGUGUUGUACUGGCCGAGGGGUCGUGUCUGGGGCGGGUCCUCCUCGCUCAACGCCAUGGUUUACAUCCGCGGACACGCCGAAGAUUACAACCGCUGGCAGAGAGAGGGGGCAGAGGGCUGGGACUAUGAACACUGUCUGCCGUACUUCAGGAAAGCUCAGUGUCAUGAGCUCGGAGAAAAUAGGUAUCGAGGUGGUGGUGGACCUCUUCAUGUGUCCAGAGGGAAGACCAGCCACCCCCUUCACAAGGCUUUUAUCGAGGCGGGGCAGCAGGCGGGAUACCCCUUCACUGAGGACAUGAAUGGACACCAACAGGAAGGCUUGGGCUGGAUGGAUAUGACCAUUCACAAUGGGAAGAGGUGGAGCACGGCCAGCGCUUACCUGAGGCCUGUCCUGGGUCGACCCAACCUGAAGACAGAGGUGCGCUGCCUCACCUCCAAGAUCCUGUUUGAUGGAAACCGUGCCGUGGGAGUUGAAUACAUACAGAAGGGACAGAAGAAGAGGGUGUUUGCAGAUAAAGAGGUGAUAUUGAGCGGAGGAGCCAUCAACUCCCCUCAGCUUCUCAUGCUGUCUGGGGUGGGAAACGCUGAUGACCUGAAACAACUCGACAUCCCUGUGGUUCAGCACUUGCCAGGUGUUGGCAGUAACCUGCAGGAUCAUUUGGAGCUGUACAUCCAGCAGCAGUGCACUCAGCCCAUCACCCUGUACAAGGCACAGAAACCUUUCCACAUGGUCAAGAUAGGCCUCGAGUGGCUCACCCUGUUCACAGGUUACGGAGCAACAGCCCACUUGGAAAGCGGCGGGUUCAUCCGCAGUCGGCCCCAUGUCACACACCCCGACAUCCAGUUCCACUUCCUGCCCUCGCAGGUCAUUGACCACGGAAGAGUUGCCUCUAAGUUAGAGGCGUAUCAGGUUCAUGUGGGACCAAUGAGAAGCACCAGUAUCGGCUGCAUGACGCUGAAGAGCACCAACCCUCUGGAUCACCCGAAUCUCCAGCCCAACUAUCUCUCCACUGAUGCUGAUGUGUGGGAGUUCAGAGAGUGUGUUAAACUCUCCAGAGAGAUUUUUGCUCAGAAGGCCUUCGAUCCAUUCCGGGGCAACGAAGCCUUGCCUGGUCCUCAGGUCCAAUCCGACGCCGACAUCGACGCCUUUGUCCGCCGCAAGGCCGACAGCGCCUACCACCCGUCCUGCACCUGCAAGAUGGGCUCGCCCUCCGACCCGAUGGCGGUCGUCGACUCCAACACGCGGGUUCUAGGUCUCGAGCGGCUGCGUGUGGUCGACGCCUCCAUCAUGCCCAGCAUCGUCAGCGGAAACCUGAACGCGCCAACCAUCAUGAUGGCAGAGAAGGCUGCCGACAUCAUCAGGGGUCGGCCUCCUCUCGUGGACGAAGGGGUUCCCGUGUACCAACCACCAACGCUCGACACUCAGAGAUGAACAGCGAUCCAGACUAGAGGGUAGUGUCUUGUCAGUCAUUAGGCAGCAGCAGCAGUGAUCAGCUGGUUAGAAGGAUCUUUCAUCCGUCAACUAAUGUGAGUGUGUGUUUUCUUGAUUUUGAAUACUGGUGAAUUUGAACAGUUUACAUCUGAGGUUCAGUUUUACAAAGAUUAUAUAGAACCAGUGGCCGUGUUCUCACAGCCACACAGCAGUUUUAAUGUUGUGGCUGAAUAUACAAAUAUAAUAUACCUUCUUUGUGUAUAUUCACCCAACUUUACAUAUACUGACUUUCUGCACCGAUUGAUGGUGUUUGUGUCUGAACUCACUUUGACUUCAUCCAGUGUUUCUUGAACCAGCUACAGUAAUUUUAAAGCCUUUUAGAACUCUUGCAUUAAUAUACCUCGGACAGUUUGAUUAUCCUGAGGUAAAAUUAAAUCCCACAGCACACGGCGUGUUUUGAAUACAACUCAAGUUUAAAAAAAAGGGACAUUUUUAAUAAUCACAGGAGAGUAAGUUGUUUUCUGAGUGACGAUCAGCAGUCUGCUUUCUAACCCUCAGCAGUCUCAGCAGCAGGUUUGGUUAUUUAUCUGCUCUAACCAAUUAUCACCAUGGUAACAUACCUCUUCCUUCCUGCGAACUUGCAGAUUCAACAUUUUGUUGGCUGUCAACUUUGUCAUUAUAAAAAGCCAUAUACUUUUAGUAAAAAAGUAGAAAUUUAGACUCACUUUGACAGUAAUACACGGUUUAGAGUUUUAUCGACACAACUGACUUGACUUGAGCCUGUUGUUGUUAACCAGAUGUGUUUCACGUGUAAAGAGAAAAGCACACAGCUCAUUUUCUGUUGGGUUCUGGGCCCAGACAUUGAUCUGUUAUCAGUUAAAGCCACAAGACUCACACAUGUCUGGCACAAGCAGAGAACAACUCUCCUUCUUCUACUCCACUACUUGUUCUAGAUUUCAUCAGUUGGUGCGUCAUGAAGCAGAUAAAGGAUCAAUCUGUUUAAUUGCUUCCAUGAUACUGAUCUUCCUUAUGUGGUAAAUUUGUUACUUUGGUUGAUCAAGUUUUUCAGCUCCAAGCUUUUAGCUGCUUUUUGGUUCAGUCUGCUGCAGUAGCAAUAAAUUCAAAUGAUAUCUCCGAAUAUAUGAAAUCCUGCUUAUAUAGAUAUUGUGUUCAAACUCUCUAUAUGUAACAAAUACACUAAAAACUUUAACUAAAAAGUAGGGGGAAAAAAUAAUUGCACAUUUAUUUCUAUGUUUACAAAGAAGCUUGAUUGUGUUGAACUGACCAGAUAAAAUGAAACACCACAGCAGCCUAUAAGAUGUGACCAUAUCUAUACAGUGGUGUUAUAACUAGUUUGGAUCAAGUUCUACAAUCAGCUUCACUGAAAAUCUUAAUUCAUACAUGAGGUAUUAAAUGCAUGUUUUAUGAUGUCUGCUCUGAAGGAAACAGCAAUGUGUUCAAAUAAUGUCUAAUAGUCUUAUUAAGCUUUGCACUACACUAUGAAGAAUCUAACUGACGAUAAUUGUUUACAUUAUAUAGUGUUGCACAAAGUUGAUUUUGUAUUAAGUUGUGUAUUGUAUUAACACAAAAAUGUGUAUAAAUGAAGGAUCACAGAGGGAAGUUAAUUGUGAAAAUUCACAAAGGUAUUAUGUUUGCAUGUUUUUUUGUGUGUGGUUUGUACUGUAAGCAGACGUCCUGACUUUGUCCUCAUUUCAUUCAGACUUUAUUUAGUCCUUAAAAAAUCCUCGACAGGUUCAUUGUCAUUUCAGGCAAGAAGUAAAACGUACAAAACUGGGUUUGUGUUUACAUUGGUACAAAAGGUACGAGUACGUUUGCUACAAAGUAGACAGAGCUAUGAUUGUUUUUUAAUUUUCAUACAACAAUUGGGUAGAAAGCAGAAAUCUUCAAGUUCAUCACUGACUUUUUACAAACAACUGUACAGAUUUUACACAUCAUCGUUGUCGUGUCAUAAUCAUCUGCGAAAGAUUCGAGCAGUACAAAAAAAUAAAGCUGUCAGUUGCACAACAA